AUGUUGCAGCGCACGGCGUGGCGGCGAGCUGUCAAUUCCAGGCCCUGCCAAAGGCUGACGGCCACGGAGACGCGAUGCUUCUCAAUCGCUCUGAGACCGGCCAACCAGAGUCGCGAACAGAGUGGGCCCUCGGCGACCGCUGCUGACGCUCAGCGCCGACCAUGCGCGUUGCAAUAUGCCGUUGCUGGCAGGAGAUGGAGCAGUUAUAGACAAGAUGGAUGUGCUCGGAGGGCCUAUGCGACUCGUUCAACACCAGGACCGAGUCCAUCGUCGCAGGAGAGCAGCACGGGGCCGGGUGCCAAAGACUCAUCGAGGUCGGAGGCCUCCGGCGAGAGCGAACCCUCCCUGGGGAGGAAGAUGUUCGAGUCGGCGGCCACGACGCUAGCUUCCAUCGUCGUGCUCGGCGCCGGCUUCGCCAUUGCCGCCUACGCCUACCACAAGUUCUACAAGAUGAUCGUCUUGAAGAAGAUGAACAACGCCUUUGAGCCCGGCGACCCGGUGCUGGAACUCGCCGCUAUGGGCAAGGGGGUGCCGGGCUCCGGGGCGUCUGACCCUGUAUCGGCCGCUCACUGGGUGCAGAGGGCGGAGCAGUCUCUCGUGGAUGACAUUGUGGCCGGCCGUGAAUGGGGCCACUACCAUCUCAUCAUCGGCGAGAAGGGUACCGGCAAGAGCAGCAUGCUCAUCGACGCCAUGCGCAAGAUUGAUGGCGAUGGCGUUGCCAUGUUCGAGGCUCACGCCGACCUCGAGAUCUUCCGCAUCCGUCUCGGGAAGGCUUUGGAUUAUGAGUUCCACGAGGAUUACAUCGGGAGCUAUUUCAGCGAGCGCGGUCCGAGAGACACCACAGCGCUUCUCGACAUUGAACGAGCGCUGAACAAGCUCGAGAAAGUGGCACUUAAGCGACGCGCGAGGGUGGGCAAGCCGCUCGUUGUGAUCAUCAACCAGAUGCAUCUGCUCCGCGACGACGAGGAUGGCAAAGACCUCAUUGAGCUCCUGCAGCAGAGGGCGGAGGCCUGGGCCGCGGCAAACCUCGUCACAAUGGUCUUCAACAGUGACGACUACUGGGUCUAUGAGCGACUGAAGCAGCUCGCCACGCGCAUGGAGGUGCUGAGCAUAGAAGACCUGCCAAAGACCCAGGCCAUGGCGGCCCUGCAAAAGUACCGGCAGCGCUAUUUCGGGGAGACUCUCAACCAAUCCAUGGCUGACCAGGUUUACGACCGUGUUGGCGGACGUUUGACAUUCCUCAACCGCGUCGCAAAGAGCAGCGACAUGCUUGCCACUUGCGAUCGCAUCGUCGAAGUCGAGAAGACCUGGUUCCUGAACCAGUGCUGGAUCCUUGGUAUGGAGAUGGACGAUGACGUGAUGGACCAGCAGAAAUGGGCUUCUGCUGCCAUGGUCUUGGCCCUCGCCCUCGUGGACAAGGAGGAUGAUAUGGACAAGACUUACGACCCCUUGAUUGGUCACGUUCUCCCAACCAUCAAGAUGCACAAGGCCCAAGAGGUCAUGACCCGCGCCGACUUCAUACGCGAGCUGGACCGCCUCAACCUCUUUACCAUCACCAGUCGAGCUGACGUUCGCGCUUCCUCAGUGCCCAUGCACCGUGCCUUCAAGGAUAUAUGCUCUGAGCCGGGAUUCAGAAAGCACCUGGAGGGUACCAUCCAGCGGAUCGCCGAUAUCGAGAGCUUGGGCAGAACGCGCGAGCUAGUCGCCAAAGAUCUCGUGCUGGGCGGGAAAUACGACAUUCGAAAAUUGGCGGCCAGUAGCUGGAGUAGUGGCGAUGGGGGCAUCGAGGUUGUGUUGAACCAGCCGAAAGAGGAAGACGACUCCAAGGACUCCUCAUGA